AUGUCAAUUUCGUUUUGCAGAGACCCAGUGGACUUGAUGUUCCUGGAACACCAGUACAACCAACACUUGCUCAGCCGGGCAGCUACGCCCAUGUUCUGGCCGUCAUCCCAGGACGGCGGAGUCCACCCCGGACAGCAGUCGGCAAUGGAACAGCACCACCAGCACCAGCUGAACCAGCAACAGCAUCAGCUGCAGCAGCAGCACCACCUACACCACCAACAGCAGCAGCAGCAUCAACAGCAGCAACAGCAACAGCAGGAUCAGAGCAACGGUGGUGGCAAUUCGGGAUUCAUGUUGGCCGCCGCGGCCGCUGCCCGUGCUCAGUUUCACAUGUUGAACAACGCGGCAGCUGCGGCCGCUGCGCAAGGCGGUGGCAGAACCCAGUCCGGCGGUGACGGUAGCGGUGGCGCCGGUGGGCCGUCUGCCCAGCACUACCAGCACUCGGCUGCUGCCGCAGCGGCUGCUGCUGCCGGCAUGCACUCGCUCAUAGUGUACGGCAACCACUUUCAACAGUCGCAGUCGCGAUUUGCCGCCGCUGCAGCCGCAGCAGCAGCGGCCGCAGCGUCGUCGUACCCGGGACCGCCACCCCCGCCGCACCCGUCGUCCAUGUUCUCGUGGCCGCCGCAGUCGCAAUACCCGAGGUACGUGUCGGCGGCCGCCGCUUUUCAGCCUCCGCCACCGCCGCAACAGCAACAGCCCACGGCUUCGUCGUCCACCUCGGCCGGCCCUCCGCAAUCCCCGCCGCAAGCGUCGCUUCAGCCACCGCCGCCUCCGCCACUCCAACAGCAGCCGCAGCAGUCCACGUCGUCCACUUCGUCGUCGUCACCGUCGUCCACCGCCGCGGCCAUCGUCCAUCACCAUCACCACCACGGCGCUGGUCUGCACCAGCAACAGCACCACCACCAUCACCGGGCGUACAGUCCCGCUCGAACGCCGCCCGGCGCCGGCGGCUCGUCGUCGGCCGAGUCGCUGCCUUCGCCGGACGUGGACGGCAGGUCAGCCACCAAGUACCAGAAGCGCCGUUCUCCGUCCGCAGCCAGGUACUCUCCAUUUGACGCCGUCAAGGCCGACGAAUCGUAA